AAGCUCUUCCUCGUGGACCUCGCCGGUUGCGAAAAAGCGGCGAAAUCUCUCGCCGCCGGCGACAGGCUCGACGAGGCCAAGGGCAUCAACAAGUCGCUCAGCGCGCUGGGUAACGUCGUGUCGGCGUUGGUGGAGAGGGACCGGCCGCACGUUCCUUACAGGGACUCGAAGCUCACGUUCCUCCUGCAGGAAUCGUUGGGGGGAAACGCCAGGGCGACGCUCGUGGUGUGCCUCUCCCCGGACGUCGCCGAUACCGCGGAGACGAUGUCGUCGUUGCGAUUC